AACGUGGAUGCAUACACCUGAAGCUUUAUCAAAACAUUACAUUCCCUAUAAUGCAAAGUUUCUUGGCAGUACAGAGGUGGAGCAGCCUAAAGGAACAGAAGUUGUCAGAGAUGCUGUAAGAAAACUAAAGUUUGCAAGACAUAUCAAGAAAUCUGAAGGUCAGAAAAUUCCUAAAGUUGAGUUACAAAUAUCAAUUUAUGGAGUAAAAAUUCUAGAACCCAAAACAAAGGAAGUCCAACACAAUUGCCAGCUUCAUAGAAUAUCAUUUUGUGCAGAUGAUAAAACUGACAAGAGGAUAUUCACUUUCAUAUGCAAAGAUUCUGAGUCAAAUAAACAUUUGUGCUAUGUAUUUGACAGCGAAAAGUGUGCUGAAGAAAUAACUUUAACAAUCGGCCAAGCAUUUAACCUGGCAUACAGGAAAUUUCUAGAAUCUGGAGGAAAAGAUGUUGAAACAAGAAAACAGAUUGCAGGGUUACAGAAAAGAAUUCAAGACUUAGAAACAGAAAAUAUGGAACUUAAAAACAAAGUACAAGAUUUGGAAAACCAGUUAAGAAUAACCCAGGUAUCAACAUCUCCUCUGCUGCACAAAGUGUCUGAUCAUGAGCAACACGAGUUUCAGAGAUGCUCAUCCUCUUUCUGGCGUAGUAGUGAGGACUCGUCCCCCUGUCUAAAUAUUUCUUCCAUUACUGUCACUCCUGUCAACUCAAGUGAUUCCAGACUAUCAUUGGGACUCUUAAUACCACCACCUUCUAAAUGUGGCCUUCCCAAGCCUAUCGUUGAGCGCAGCAUUCCAAGACCUCAUGCAGGCAGUGCGACACCUAAGUCACCCUCCACGGACAUCUUUGAUAUGAUUCCAUUUUCUCCAAUAUCACACCAGUCAUCAAUACCUACUCCCAAUGGCACACAGCCGCCUCCUGUACCUAGUAGAUCUACCGAGAUUAAACGGGACCUGUUUGGAGCAGAACCUUUUGACCCAUUUAAUUGUGGAGCAGGGGAUUUCCCUCCAGAUAUUCAAUCAAAAUUAGAUGAAAUGCAGGAGGGGUUCAAAAUGGGACUAACUCUUGAAGGCACAGUAUUCUGCCUCGACCCGUUAGACAGCAGGUGCUGACGUCA